UAAGAGAAGUACCAAAAAAGAUGUUUCAUUGGCUGCACAUAUGUCAACCAAAUGCUGUGAGGCCGUGUGGAACUUGGCAGAAUCCUUGCAGCAAGAGAUUGUAGUAACAGAGCUUCCUAUGUUGGAGGCUUGGCCUAAGAGCUUUGAGGCAUCAAGGCCCACUGAUGACAACAUUGCCUUGUAUUUCUUGGCCUGCAAAAUGAGGCAAGAAGAUGCAGACCUGGAGCAACUAGUUAAGGAAGUUGUGGAGAAUAAUGUAGUCUUACAAGCUGUUAUUGGCGAAGCUGAGAUGCUGAUAUUUCCUUCCAUUCUACUGCCUGAGCAACACCAAACCUUCCAAGGGAAACCCUACCUGUGGGCAGUGUUCAAGCGUAGAAAAAUUAAUGUUGCCACAGUGGAACCGAAGCAACAUGGCAAAGGCCGUUGUGAGGAUGAGAUGGGAAAACAACAGGAAUCACAUUCCAGUGUAGACAAGGAGGGUCACAGCGUUGCACGGUUAAACACAGACACUGAACCUGAAGCUCCGGAAGAAAUGGAGCUGGACCAGAAUCCCUUGUCAGCUCGAGUCAACACGCCGAGUCCUGCUAGAGAUCCUACCAUGAAUGCUACAACGUCUGCACACCAUGGACAGAUCCUCUCGAACUUGGCGGUUCCUACAGGAGCAGUGUUCGGUUUUGUGGUUCAGGGAAAUCCGAGAAUCGAACAUCUCAUCCAAGAGAUGCAACGUGAAGGCGCUGUUGUAGUUGCAAUGCGAGGGGAGAUGAUAGGGCCAGGUCUUGGCCAGGCAGAAGCUAGUGGCAGAGAGGAAGACAAGAAGCCGCCAAGCUCGUCCUGAACUUGUUGCCAUGGUGCAAAGGUGAUCUGGGCCUUUAGCUGUUCUCUGCGAAGUAGCUUCAGUUGUGCUGGACGUAUUGUUGCUAGGCAAAGAAAUUGAUUCAGACCUCAGCCCUGGUCGAUGCUUGCAUGCACCACUGUCUGUUUGAAGGAAUCCUGCUCAUAAGGUUCAGGCUUUUCCAUCCCUGGUAGUUUUCCGAGUCAGUUGUUUAUCCCUGGUAGUGUUCAACUCAGUAGUGUAUCCUGGUAUUCUGGUCAAGUGGUUCCCAGGCUAUGUGCUGUACCAGCAGAACUUCUAGAUUUGGUUGGAAAUCUUUGUAUUAUUCUCAAU